CCGGACAUGGCCUGGUGGGGAGCACGGAUGUGAUGUCGGCCCAGGAGCUUGUGGCCUGCCUCUGCCGGGAGGGGGACCAGCACCUGGCGCUGGGGGAGCCCCCGCUGGCCACGGCCUUCUACCUGGCUGCCUUCAGCUGCCACGCCCCCUCCGCCGUGCGGAGCGUCCGAGCCGCCCUGGCCGAGGCCCGGGGGGCACCCGUGGUGGCCACGCUGGAGGCCUGGUGCCGAGGGGAAGGCCAGAUCCCCGCCAUCCACUGGGACGGCAUGGCCGUGGUGUCCCUGACCGGGACCCUGGCCUGCGCCUUCCUGGCCACGCUGUGCCCGGACCACCCGGCCGCGGCGCUGCACUCGCUGGCCGGGCUGCUGGCCCGCGGGCGGCACGGGGAGGUGGUGCGGCGCUGCGGGGCGCUGCUGGCCGCGCACUCGCAGCAGGGCCUGGAGCUGCGGCUGACCCGCGCGCUGGCCCGCAUCCUGUCGGGGGCGCAGGUGGACGCCGGCCUGGCCGACUACCUGCAGGCCUUCGCCUCCGCGGCCGACCGCACCGUGGCCUUCGUCCUCACCCACCAGCGGCCCUACCUCCCCGUGCUGGUCAGUGUCCUCCAGGCCCACGUCUCGGGGCGGCAGCAGGCCGCGGACAGCGCCGGCCAGCAGGAGGCCGACGGCCGGAGACUCCUAGCUGCCCUGGACCCCGGGGGCACCUGGAGCAAUGCCCUCUCCCCCGAAGUCCUGCUCCACGGGGGCCGCUAUGAGGACUGCCGGGCAGCCUGCAGCCGGGCCCUGGAGGCCGACCCCACCGGCAACAGAUCCCAAGGUGAGCGCCUGGCCGCCCUGCUGGUCACCCGCGCGGCCGCCGCCUUCUUCCUGGACCGAGGCGCCCAGGACCUGCUCCGCGACCUGCACGAGGCCUUCCGCGAGAGCCCGGCGGGCGCGCGGAGGCAGUUCGAGGCCGUGCUCUCGGCGCGGGACCGGGAGCGGGUGCUGGCCCAGCUGCGGGAGGCCGCGGACGUGGGGUUCGCCCACUUCCAGGAGGCCGUGCGGAGCCGCCCGGAGCUCCGCGACGACUCGGGCCGCGAGCUGCUGGCCCCGGUGGCGCGCGCUCUGCGCGUCCUGUUGCGCGUGGCGCCGGCCGGGGCGCGCCCGGCCCUGGGAGCCCGCCUGGCCGAGUGCCUGCUGCUGGCGGGGGACGCGGGGGGCGCCCGGGCCCUGUGCGAGCGCCUGCUGCGCCCCCGGGACCGCGCGGGCACACGCGCCGGGGACCCUGCCGGGGACCGAGUGCCUCUGCUGGCGCUUCGCGGCUUCUGCGCGCUGCACGCGGGGGACGCGCCGGGCGCCCGGGAGGACUUCCAGGAGGUGGUGGCGCAGGGCCCGCCGCACCCCCGCGGCUGCGUGCGCGCCCUGUGCGGCCGCGGGCUGCUGCGCGUGCUGGCGGGGAGCGCGUUCCUGGGCGCGCUGGACUAUGUCACCGCCUGCCGCCUGCAGCCCGAGGAGGCCCUGCUCGUCGCCAAGGCCUUCGUGCCCUGGAACCAGCGGGGGCUGCUGCUGACGGUGCUGCGCGAGGAGGCCCGCAGGAUGCUCCAGCGGAGGCCCGACCCGGGACCCACGGGGCCCACGGGCGCGCGGGGCCGCCGGAGCCAGGCCGCGGAGACCGACGCCUCCGCCGAGCAGGACGGGGACGCCCAGGGCGUGUACCAGCUGGCCACGCUGCUGAUGGAGCUGGACACGGAAGACGAGGAGUCCCGCCUCCUGGCGGCCGACGCCCUGUACCGCCUGGGCCGCCUGGAGGAUGCCCACAAGGCGCUGCUGGUGGCGCUGUCCCGCCGGCCCCAGGCGGCCCCCGUGCUGGCGCGGCUGGCCCUGCUGCAGCUGCGGAGGGGCUUCUCCUACGAUGCCAACCAGCUGGUGAAGAAGGUGGUCCAGUCCGGGGACACGGCCUGCCUGCAGCCCACCCUGGACGUCUUCUGCCCGGAGGACCGGCAGCUGCUGCGGGGCCACUGCCACGCCCGGGCCCUGGCCAUCCUGCGGGCACAGCCAGGCGGGCCCGAGGGCGAGGCCCACACCAGGGAGGCCAUCGCCUACCUCUCUCUGGCCAUCUUUGCUGCAGGGAGCCAGGCCAGCGAGUCCCUGCUCACCCGCGCCCGAUGCUACGCGCUCCUGGGCCAGAGGAAGACCGCCCUGUUCGACUUCAACUCCGUGCUGCGGGCCGAGCCGGGGCACAUGCAGGCGCUGUGCGGGCGGGCGCUCCUGCACCUGGCUCUGGACCAGCAGCAGGAGGCCGUGGCCGACGUCCUCUCGGCGCUGAGGCUGGACCCGCGGGCGGCAGUCCCUGAGCUCCGCUCCCUGAAGCCGGAGGCCCAGGCCCUCGUCGCACAGGGCCUGUCGUCCUGCUGCCGGGGCCUCCUGAGCCGGCGGCCGGGCCCUGGGGCCCCCCUCGGUGACAGCGACAUCCAGGGCCUCCUGGCCGCGGGGGAGGCGCUGAUCGAAAUGGACGCGGGGCAGCUGCGCGGGCACCUCCUCCUGGCCGACGUGCUCAUGGCCCUGGGUACGUAUGAGGAGGCGGGCACCCGCCUACAGGAAGCCCUGUGCCCCACCCCGCCCUCAGAGGCUGCCCGGGCCCGGCGUGGCCUGCUCCGGCUCAAGAAGGGAGAUGUGCCGGCCGCGGCCCAGGACCUGCAGUGCCUGGCGGAGACGGACGCCGGGGACCUCCGCUUCCUGCUGAGCCUCCUGGAGGCCUCGGAGCGGCAGGGCCUGGCCCAGGCUGCAGCCCAGGAAGCCAGCACCCUCCUGACCUCGGGGCAGCCUAGGCAGGCGCUGGGCUACUGCUCGCUGGCCGUCCUGGCGGGUGGCGGCAGGGCCGGUCACCUGCGCCUGCGGGCCGCCUGCCUGGCCGAGCUGCGGGAGUGCGGCCGGGCGCUGGGAGACCUGGACCUCGUGCUCCGGGAGCGUGCGGCGGACAGCGACCUCCCGGUGCGGGCGGAGGACCUGUGCUCCAGGGGCCGCCUGCUCCUGCGCCUGGGGAAUGAGGCCGGGGCCGCAGGGGCCUUCGCCCAGGCCCUCACGCUGGCGCCCGCCCCGGCCCAGAGCAGCCUGUGGGAGCGGCCUGGCCGGGCCCCCGCCGCCCAGGUGCUGCUGGGCCACGGGCAGCGCUGCCUGGAGGAGCAGCGGUACGAAGAGGCCUGGACGGCAGCCGAGAGCGGGCUCCUGGUGGACCCCGAGCACUGCGGCCUGAGGAGGCUGAAGGCGAGAAUCCGGAGGGAGGCAGCCUCGGGCUGCCGGCUCCACUGACCCGAACGGCCAGGCCCAGCCACGGGGCCACCCUGUCCUUUCCCCCCAACCAGGAGGUGCUGACCCCACCCUCCCAGCUCUGAGGUGGACGGGUCGGCAGAGAGAAGGGAGUUACGCUGGCCUGGAGCCCAGAGCCCCUCCCUGCAAUGGCGCCCCGAUCCCCAAGGCUGGACCCUGGCGGCCCUAGCCUGGGGCCAGCAGGUGGACAGGAUGAAGGCCAGCCCUGGUGGCCCUAAGGAGCUGGUGCAGCCCCUGCCUCGGCGUGAAGCAGCCUUUGACCCUGGCCUAAGCCAGAGACGAAACUCCCCGGCUGGGGCCUGCGGCUGAGCCCCAUCCUCAUCAAGUCAUUCUCCGGGCAGCCCAGCGCCCACGCCCACCCCCGCCAUGGCGACGGUGUGGCCCCUCCUCCCUGCUGCUCUGAG